AUGUCAAACCCAUCAACUCCACCCAACAAGGAAGUAAACAUUAGAGCUGGCGUCGAAGAUCUGAUGAAGCGUCGUUUCUUCAUUACACCAGCAUUCCAGAUCUAUGGUGGUGUGGCCGGUCUCUACGACUACGGUCCCCCCGGUUGCGCCAUCAAGGCCAACCUCAUCAGCUACUGGCGUCAACACUUUGCCAACUACGAGGACAUGCUCGAGAUUGACUGCACAGCCUUGACUCCAGAGAUCGUCCUAAAGACAUCAGGUCACGUUGCCAAGUUUGCAGACUUUGUCGUGAAGGACACAGUGACUGGCGCUUGCUAUCGCGCUGAUCACUUGCUCGAGGGCCACAUUGAGAAGUUGCUCGUCGAUAAGACAUUGUCGGAGGAGAAGAUCAAGGAAUACAAGCACAUCUUGUCACGUGCUGGCGACGCCCCACAGGAUGAGUUGGCCGAGAUGCUGACCAAGUACGCCGUCAAGGCACCGGACAAUGGCAACCCAAUCAGCGCGCCAGUGCCCUUCAACCUGAUGUUCCAGACCCAGAUUGGUCCAACUGGCCAACUGCAGGGCUACCUCCGUCCCGAGACUGCCCAGGGUAUCUUUGUCAACUUCAAGCGUCUCCUUGACUUCAACGGCGGUCGUCUUCCAUUCGCCGCUGCACAGAUUGGCAACUCGUUCAGAAACGAGAUCGCCCCACGUUCUGGUCUGCUGCGUGUGCGUGAGUUCACGAUGGCCGAGAUCGAGCACUUUGUGCACCCAGAUCGCAAGAACCAUCCAAGCUUCCCCGAGGUCGCCAACAUCAAGACCUACCUGCUGACGGCCAAGUCGCAGGGCACCACCAAGGAGGUCGUCGAGAUGACCUUUGGCGAUGCCGUCGCACAGAAGGUGAUCAACAACGAGACUCUCGCCUACUUCAUGUGCCGUACUCAGCUUUUCCUGCACACUGUCGGCAUCAAGCCCGAGCGCAUGAGAUUCCGUCAGCAUCAGUCCAACGAGAUGGCUCAUUAUGCCACCGACUGCUGGGACGCUGAGAUCCACACAUCGUACGGCUGGGUCGAGUGUGUUGGUCACGCCGAUCGUUCGUGCUACGAUCUCAAGGUACACUCUGACAAGUCACAGGUGCCCCUCGUCGCCUUUGAGGAGUUCAAGGAUGGUCCCAAGACCGUCGAUGUCUUUGACGUCAAGGUCGAGAAGGGUCUCAUUGGCAAGACCUUCAAGGGCAACGCCAAGGAGCCAUUGGACUUCCUCGCCGAGCUCUCCAACAACUUUGACAAGGCACUCAACUUCAACAAGGAGUUGGAGGCCAACGGCAAGGUGACUAUCAAGCCAUCAAACACUGACUAUGUGAUCACAAAGGACAUGGUCACCCUGAAGCAGGCUCAGAAGAAGAUCAGCGGUGAGAACUUCCAGCCACAUGUUAUUGAGCCAUCAUUCGGUCUUGGCAGAAUCAUCUACUCUUUGCUCGAGCACUCCUAUUAUGUUAGAGACGGUGACGAGCAGAGAUGCGUGCUGGCCCUGCCACCAAUCAUCGCUCCAGUCAAGACAUCGUUGCUGCCACUGACCGGCAGCGAGAAGCUGGCUCCAUUCGUCGCUCGUAUCAACCGUCUCCUGAAGGACGCCGGUAUCUCUGCCAAGGUGGACGAGACUGGUUCGGCCAUUGGUCGUCGUUAUGCCAGAACCGACGAGAUCGGUAUCCCAUUCGCCAUCACUGUCGACUUUGACACUGUUGAGAACCAAACCGUCACUCUGCGUGAGCGUGACACCACCAAGCAGGUGCGUGUGCCAAUCACCGAAGUUGCCCAGCUCCUCAAGCAGCUCUGUGAGAACAUGCUCGAGUGGAAGGAUGUUCUUGCCAAGUACCCAGCCUACGUCCCAACCAGCGAGAACUAA